ACUCGAAACCAGCCUCAUCGGACUUUGAAAUACGGAGGGUUCUCCUAAUCACACAGUAUAUCAUCUGAACUACGUGGUGUCUGUGAACUUGCCCUGUACGGAGGCGACGUCUUAAAACCGGCACGACGAUGUCAGAAGUUACACCAAAUGCCCAGGCCACUGGCUCUAGUUGGGCUGCGUUCCUCAAGUCUAUUGCUUCUUUCAACGGCGACCUCUCCUCUCUCACAGCCCCGCCCUUCAUCCUCUCCUCUACGAGUCUUACUGAGUUCAGUUCGUACUGGGCUGAACAUCCUAGCGUUUUCGCAGCACCAUCGAAGGAGCCGGACCCCGCAAAGAGGGCCUUGCUAGUGCUCAAGUGGUUUUUAACUACGCUUAAGCAACAAUAUGCCAGUCGCAGCGAGCAAUAUGGCAAUGAGAAAAAGCCUCUCAACCCCUUUUUGGGCGAAAUCUUUCUGGGGAAGUGGGAAGACGCCGCAGGCACAACAGAGUUGAUCAGUGAGCAGGUGAACCACCACCCGCCAGCAACAGCAUACAGUAUUAUCAAUGAAACCUCCGGAGUUCAUCUCCAAGGAUACAACGCCCAAAAGGCCAGCUUCUCCAAGACUAUCAAUAUCAAGCAGAUAGGACACGCAGUGUUGACAGUUCCCAACCCCUCUAAGCCCGGAGAGAAAGAUACCUAUUUGAUCACACUACCAUCCCUUCACGUUGAAGGUCUAAUUUUUGGCGCCCCUUUCAUUGAGCUCGAGGGCGCCUCUUAUAUCACAUCGUCGGCAGGGUUUACUGCUAAAAUAGACUACAGUGGCAAGGGCUGGAUAAGUGGCAAGAAGAAUUCAUUUACGGCUACUCUGUAUCCAACCGGCAAGGAAAAGGACGUACUCUACAAUUGCUCUGGCCAAUGGACCAAGGCGUUUGAGAUCCAUACCGGCCCGGUGAAGAGUAACUCGCCUAAGAAUUUCAUUGAAAGUUGGGAUCCUACCGACAAUCCCACAACCGAACUCAAGAUUGCACCUCUCGAGAAGCAGCACCCGUUGGAGUCUCGACGCGCGUGGGCUAACGUCGCGGCGGGCAUUGCCAAAGGGGAUAUGGAUUACGUCGGUAAGGAGAAGAGCAAGAUCGAGCAGGCGCAGCGGGCAAUGCGGAAAAAGGAGCAAUCAGAGGGUCGGGAGUGGGAGCGGAGAUAUUUCACUGCUCUCACUGAACCAGAUUUGACUCUCGGAGCAUUAGGUCCCAACGUGGGACUAAACACAAACGGCGAUGCGGACAAGACGGGCGGUGUGUGGCGGUUUGAUGCUACUAAGGCGGAGAAGGUCAGGAGCCAUGAGCUGAGCGAAGAAGAGAGGAUUCAAAUAGCUCAAGAGCUGCUAGGUCAGUAAUGUCCUACCAGCAUCUCUAUUCGCAAGAGUAUCCAAAGUAAUCGCAUAGAGAUGGUAUGCGGUACCUAGUUAUGUAGGUGGAUCAAGUAAAAUUGAUAACGGGAAACGCGGAUAUAAGCAUCGGGAGGGUGUCUGGCUUCACCGGCUGGUUACCGUAUAAGUACCUAAUAAUGAAGUAGAUCACACAGUAUAAUUAAACGAAUCGCUUGUUCUCGUGGUUUGUUAGCAUGGCUUAUCAAUCUCGAUGAUAGAAGAAUAAAUGAAAAUGAGAUAUAAUAAACGAUAAAUAAUAAGUGAUAAAUGGCAGGAAAGAAAAUAGGUAUGUAGUACA